AUGAAAGCGGGGAUAAGCAAGGAGGAGUUAAAGGAGGAGUAUGCCAAACAUAAAGUAAAAACAAAUGUUGAAUUGUUUAACAAAAUGAUUGAAGAAGUUAAACAAGGCAAAAAAAUUGAGGUGAUUGAAGAAGAAGAUAUUAAAAAAAGCGAAUCAAUUAGUUGUUGCGAAUUACGACAAUUAUUCAGAGAAGUUUUAAAUGUGGGUUCAAGUUUGUUUCCUGAAAAAGAAAAAGGAGACAUUUUCUCUGCAGUUGUUUUAACUACUCUGUCUGGUUUGAACCUUCGUAAAAAACUUUGUGAUAAUUGUUCAAAAUUCUUAACUUUGCUUAAUGAAAGAAUUGCUCAAGGAGACACAGAAAGAAGAAUAGAAGAACUUUUAAAAAUUUUAAAAGGAACUGGAGCAGAUCUUAUAGAGGUGGAUGGAAAACCACUAAGUCAGGUCGCGAAAGAAUUGGAACAGAAAAUUAAUGAUUUAAAAAAAGAAAAUGCUGGAUUAAAAGAAGAACUAGAAAAAAGUUUGACUAUUGAAAAAUUAAAAGAAAUCUUUGAUGAGAAAAAUUUCGAGAUAGUAAAUGGUAAAGUAAAAUAUAAGGGAGUUGCUUCUACAUCCGAUCAACAAACUGCUAAGCCUAAUGGGACAGUUGAUCCAUCUAAGCCGGCUGGAAAGCCUGCCUGGACUACUGGUUCUGAUGAAGAUGCCGAGACUAUUUACAAUAACGGUUGGAGAAAUAUUGCUACUGGAUAUACUUCAAAUGGGCAAACAACUAACAAUAUUGACCAAAAAACACACUUGAAAAACGAAGUAGAUAAGGCCCAUAAUUUGUUAAAUAGAAUAAAAAAUGAAACUGAUUUAACUAAACUGCCAAGUGAUAGUGAUGUUACAACAACUUAUAAUGAAAACAAAGUGCCAAGCAGUAAUGUUGGCUUAGAUCCAACUCAAUCCCGAACUGCUUAUGAUAAUGGGGAUGAAGUUGAUGUUUUGAAGAAUAAAACUGCUGAUGCUCAAAUAAAUGCGUUGGAUGAUAAUAAAUUACCUGCAAGCAAAUCUAAAGAGCAAAUUCUUAAAAUUUUGCAAGAUCACCGAAAUACGUUUAAGUACAAGUUGGACGUUGAAGAUAAUGAGGUCAAAGGAGAUGAGUAUAAGCCCUUAACUGCUUCUAUUCUAAACGAGUUACUGGAAGAUUUUCUUGACAAGAGUGCUCAAAAAGAAGAUCUGGAUGGCCGCGAAAUAAAAAUUGCUGAAGUAAAAGAAGUCAAUGGUAAAGAACAAUUUACUGGUCAGAGGAUAAAAACGGAAAUCGACGGCAAGACAGUUAUCGAAAAAGAAGAAAAAUGGAGUAAAGUUGAAAGGCUAGAUUUAACUGGUACCUAUUUACUCCCUUUUGUUUAUUCUUUAAUUAAUUUUGAUCCUGACCAAGCGACUUAUGCUACCCUAGACAAAAACGGAGAAAUUGAUAAAAGUGGAAGUGGCGUUCUUCCUAUCCUUACUGGUGGAGGAAAAACUACCAAAACUAUGGGUUGCUUAGUUAGGGGAGGAGAAAAAACUAAAAAUGAAACUGACCUAGUUAAAAAGGGAAGUAAUGUUGUUUUGAUUUGUCCGAAUGAAGCCUUGGCUGCAGAUGCUGAAGCUGAAAAAUUAUUAGGUUAUAUCGCUCGUUCGACAGUUAUACCUGAUAAUCUAAAAGAACCAAAUUCCAGCACUAAGUACGUUAAGGAUGCUGAAAUGAAAAAGAAAGUUAUUGCUAAAGACGAGACAAUUAUUGUUUUUGACGAGGCUCACUUUAAUGAUGCCAAAUAUCAAGAAUUGCAGAAAAGGUUAGUUAAGGAAGAUUACAAAGUGAUAAUCAUGAGUGCUACUUUCCCGAAAAAGAAAUUCUCAAUUACUAUGUCCCAUCCUCGAGAAGUUUUACUAGUUCCCCAGUUCGAACCAGAAUAUUUAAAAGAUAAGGAUGGAAGUAUUUUAACUAUGAAAGAUUCGGAGGUUGAUCCUAAAACUGGUAACAUUGUUACUGUACUUGACCCUGCUACUGGUAAGAAAGAUAAAAAGGUCCAAUUAUUAUACAAUGGUUUAACCGCUAAACAAAAAAAGUUACUGGAUGAUAAUGAUAUUGCCUAUGUUAGUUUCGAUAGAACUAACCAAGGAGCAGUAACUGGAAUUACCCAAGGUAUGCCAAAUGGCUCAAUAUUCUUUGCUAAUCCUAAUCAUGAGAUGGGAUUCUCCCCUCAUAUUCAUAAUGUUAUUUGUACUGGACGAUCACAAUUAAUUUCGCUGGCUUCCAUGGUUCAGCAGAUUGGAAGAGUAGCUCGGCUAUUUCCAGGCUCGGCUUAUUUGCUAACUAAAGAUUUGUAUGAUGUUGAUGCUGAAACAGGAAAAGUGAAGGUUUUAAAGCCAGCCAAAGACCUUGCUUAUAAGUUUGUGACCGCUGCUUUGUCGGGAGCUAAAGCUGAUUUAGACUAUUUAGGAACACAAGGAGCCAACAUGAGUAGUGACCCUAAUUUUUUACGAGCUGCCUUGGGUUUGGGUUAUAAAUUUGGUCUCAAACCUGAAGAAAUCUUAGUGGGGACUGGAGGAAUAAAACCUUUUUACCCUGUUUUUGGAGUUAAGCCUACUCCUCCAGUAGUGGAUGAAGAAGUAGUUCCUAAACAGGGAGGAAAAAAGGGCGAAACUGAGAAGGUUAUUGAUGAAGAGGCGGUUAAAGAGGUUAUAAAAGUCUUGAAUGCUUUUGUCGACAAACGUCGAAAAGAACUAAAAAAUUAUAAAGAAGAUAAGAAUGAGUAUUCGACUAGCGAAAAGGAUACUUUUGAUGAAUUAGUUGGUCUAUAUAGAACAGUUAAUGGUACAGAAGUAAAAGUUGGAAUGGUAGAAAAUAAAAGAGGAGAACUUAAGCCAACUAUAUCAAUAACUUAUCCAGCACCAAUAAGUGGUCGUCGAGCUUUAGUUCUAGAAGAAGAGAUUGGUGUGUGGAGAUGUCAUAGGUGCUUAAAAGUUAAUAAUGGUUAUAGAUUUUGUGAGCAGUGCGGCAUUGAUUUUAGAAUUGAUAAGGAAGAGGGAAGUCGAUUUCUUGAACAAGAUGAGAUUCUCAUGGCACAAGUUUUACAGCGGGAAGAUUAG